UUCACAGCAUUGUUUGUGCUCCCCAAACCUAAGGUGAUCUCGUAUCUAGAGCAAGGGGAAGAGCCAUGGGUUCAAGGGUCCACGGAGCUCAAGGACAGUCCUGGAGAGCUGCCUACAGGAAUAAAGCACAAAAGUGACACUGAAAACCAUCAGCCUAUACGUGUUUCUGAUUUAGAAAUACAAGCACCAGGAGACAUAGUAUCAAAAAAGGCCCGAGCAAAAGCUCCCCAGAAAACAACAGGCAAAGAAAACCAUGGUGAUACACACAGGAUAGGGAAGUGGCAUCGAGAUUUUCCUGUGAAGAAAAAAAAGAAACUUUCAAGCUGGAAACAAGAGUUGCUGAAACUUAUGGAUCUUCACAAGAAAGCCCGUGCUGGAGAGAAGCCAUUUAAGUGCCAAGAAUGUGGGAAAAGCUUCAGAGUUAGCUCUGACCUUAUUAAGCACCAAAGAAUUCACACUGAAGAGAAACCGUAUAAAUGUCAACAGUGUGAUAAGAGGUUUAGAUGGAGUUCAGAUCUUAAUAAGCACUUAACAACACAUCAAGGAAUAAAACCAUACAAAUGCUCCUGGUGUGGGAAAAGCUUCAGUCAAAAUACAAAUCUACACACACACCAAAGAACUCACACUGGAGAGAAGCCCUUUACAUGUCAUGAAUGUGGAAAAAAAUUUAGUCAGAACUCCCACCUUAUUAAGCAUCGGAGAACCCACACAGGUGAGCAGCCAUACACUUGCAGCACCUGCAGGAGAAACUUCAGCAGGCGGUCAAGCCUCCUUAGACACCAGAAACUUCACCGCUGACCGGAAGUUCAUCUUGUGUCCUCAGCAUGAAGAAAUUCACCAAGUAGAGGUUGACCUUGACAUUUAUGAAAAAAUACAAAAUUGUGAAGCACGAGUAAUUCUUCAUUGGUGGAAAAAUUGAUAAAAACAUAUUUCACAGAAAGGAAUCAAGGUUGACUCUGCAGGGAUCUCUAUAAGUAGUUUUGUACUACUUACAUUUUUACACAUGAUCUUCUGGGAAUUCCUUAGUAAGAAAGGUAUUGAAAAAAACAUUCUCAGUUAGGGAAACAUUUUGCAAUAGUAUCUGGCAAAGUAACAAAGCCAGCUUUAAUUAGCAGAUGCGCCCAUGACUCCGUCUUCUGUGAUCGCAGAGGGUAAAUUCUAUUGAUUUUGCAUUGAAUUCCCAGUCACUUUUAAACACAUAUAACAGAAACAUUUAUAGCACGGUCUCCCAAAAGAAAAAGCAAUAACCUGCUUAUUUAAUUGCCUUCAGUUGCCUUCAAGGUAGUUGACUUAACAAUUUUAAGUCCCGUUUGGGGAAAAAUGAGUUCUGUUGUCAAGUUUUUCAAGAACUAAAUUGGAUUUUCUUCCUUUCCCUUGUCAUUGGACACUGUUCCCAAAGUUGGACAUCACUUGAGUUCCUUCCUGAACAUUUUAGCAACUUUAGCUCUUGAAUCCUUUUAGCGCCAGUUUUACUGUGAUGAAAUGCUAUUUACUUCACCACUAGUGAAUCUGCCAGGUAAAUUAAUAAUGCACUAUCUUAUACCUCAUUGGUGGUGUUUGAAAAAAAGAUAAACAUCUCUAAUGAGAUCAUAUGAAAACGGGUUGGAAUGUUUAGCCAUGGAUUGUGUAUGACAUGUAAAGAUAUUUCUGCAGUAAAAUAAACUAGUCCUUUUCUUAUAAUCUCAGUAUGAUGAAGCAUAAAAAUUAGCACUUUCUUGAAGCCUAAAGAAAAUUAAUGAAAGUUCGGGAUGAACUUCUCAGGUUUUUUUAAUUUACUCUGUACUUUGACUUUUGUUUUUAAGAACAAACUAGAACUAGAAUGUGUGCUGCAGGCAGGAUGUGGUUCCCUGGGUAUGGCGGAAGAUAGGGUUCCCAAGAGAAAACGUUUGGGAACUGAUGCUGACUGGUGGGUAAGAAUGGGUGAAUCCACAUCCACGUUGGAUGGAUGUCUUAAACUGUAAACUGUUACUAAGCAGGUAGGGUAUAUAUGUCUCUGUUUUGUGCACAGCAUGUAACAACAGCCUUGGGUGAUACAUGAUAGACGGCUGAAAAUCUCUGUAGGCUGUGGAUCUUCUUAGAGCUCUUAUCUACAAUAACUCUCAUGUAUUCCCAUUAGAGCUUUUAGGUGGUGUCAGGAAAGAGGUUAAAUGAUUUCUUCUAAAUACCUUAUAAAUAAGGAAGUUCAGGUUCAGAUACCCUAUGGCUAGUGAGUCUGUUGGUUGUCACUUGGUUGCAUGAGUCAGGCCUGAAGGUAGGAUUUGCAGGAUGGACGUGUGUGUUAUCCCUCCAGGGCCAGACUGGAUGAUGUGUUGUGUCUUUUUCUAGCUUAUAAGACAUUCCUGUGGCUUGAUUCGUUACUGAAACACUUAAGUCUCCAUGUCCUCUGUGAAAGAGAGAAAACUGUGUUUCAACUCAGGGUUAUUCUGGGGACUAGAGGGGCUGGUGAAGGAAAAGCACCCCACAGCUUGGCCAGUAGUAGAUGCUCACCGUGCGUUUCUUUCCCUUUCCCCUGCUCCCCGUGAUAUGCUGGGCAGACUACGCUUAGGAAGCAGGUGCAUUUAUGGCUAUUGGCAACUCCUUUGAGGAGCUGAGCGCUGCUGGUGGUGAUAGUGCUUAGCUGAUUUGGUCUUUGACUCCAGUGCUUUAUGGUUUAAGUCUCAUGAUGGUCUAGCGCCCUCAAGGAGACUUUAUUUUCUUCAAGAUGAUUCAAAUAUGAUUUCGUAAGCACAGCCAGCUCUGAAGCUCCCAUCUGCAUAGCUGUUACCCAACGCCCUCAUCCCUCGACUACUGGUGCUGUGUCCUCCCGGGAUACAUGUGGACAUCUUCCUGGUGCUACAUUCAUUCACUUUGAUGGGGAUCUCUUGUGGGCCCAGGCACCGUUCUAGACUGAGAAGAUAGUAGUGAACAAAAGAGCUGGAAAUCCACUCUCACGGGACUCGUAUUCUAGUGAAGAGUAGAGAGAGUGGUUGUGGUUUUCUGCUACUUGAAGUUAGGGUCACGAGGUAGUUUUGGGUAAUGGGUUGUGAGCAGAAGCCUCACUUGUGGGCUGAAGCCUUUCGUUGUUGGUGCAAGACUCGGUAGUGCUCUUCUGCGUCAAUCAUGGAAGCCCACACAGGAAGGGGCCACAGGGUCAAAGUAGUCUGGAAUGCUGAGGGCCCUGCCCCCUGGCCCCUUGGUGAGGAGCUGUUCGGGAGCAUGUCCCAGACCUGUGAUGGACUUUAUGGGAAUGAGAAAUAAACUUUGGUUAAACCACUGA